GAUCACAUUAUUUACAACUUGGAAUCAGUAAUUUCAACUUUUUUCUGAAAAUGUCAGGUUACCCAAAUCAACCUUCCGGUUACGGUUACGGCUACGGCUACGGCGGCACCGGUGGCUACGGAGCUCCACCACCGACUGCUCAGCCUUACAAUUCUUCAGCCUACGGCCAUCCACAGUCCCAGACUCAGCAGCCCUACGCUCCGGUGGCCGCGCCAUAUGGCGGACCGUCCGCACCGUACUCAGCUCAGGGCGAAAAACCGCCCAAGGACAAGCCUAAUCAGUCUUACGGCGGUGCCGGUGGUGGUCAUCAGUCCUACGGCGGAGCAGCUGGUGGUGGUCAUGGUUAUCCACCUCCUUCUGCUUAUGGAAACCCUUUUGCUUCACUCUUGCCAUCGGCUUUUCCGCCUGGUACUGAUCCGAGCAUCGUUGCUUGUUUUCAAGUAGCCGAUCAGGAUGGGAGUGGGUUUAUUGAUGAUAAGGAGUUGCAAGGUGUUCUGUCAUCGUAUAAUCAGAAGUUUAGCAUCAGAACUGUUCAUCUUCUCAUGUACCAUUUCACCAACACGAAUACCAGGAAGAUCGGACCUAAGGAGUUCAUUUCUCUGUUUUAUGGACUUCAGAGCUGGAGGGGUAUUUUCGAGAGGUUUGAUUCAGACAGAAGUGGAAAAAUUGAUUCCAAUGAGUUGCGAGAUGCACUUUUGAGUUUGGGCUUUGCAGUCUCACCAAUGGUCUUGGACUUGCUGGUGUCUAAGUUUGACAAAAGUGGUGGGAAAAGCAAGGCCAUUGAAUACGAUAAUUUUAUCGAGUGUUGUCUUACAGUCAAGGGAUUGACCGAAAAAUUCAAGGAAAAGGACACUACAUACUCUGGUUCUGCAACCUUCAGUUAUGAGGCUUUCAUGUUGACUGUCUUACCAUUUCUCAUUGCCUGAGGAGUAAGCCUUGGUUCGAGCACGUUUGUUCAGUGUAAAGCUUGAGUUUUCUUUGGCCUUUUCUUUUGAUUUCCUUUAUGUUAGAAUCUAUUAAUGUAGCCUCAUCCUUAUCAAUGUUAUAAGUUAUGUUCUUUGUAUAAAUUAUGUAUCUUAAGUAUUCAAUGAUAGUUCUAUGAAUAUCUCAACUGUUUACCUGUUUC